AUUUUAUAAGCAACAAUAAAAUUUUAAUACAAUAAUGUUCAUCAAUUAGAAAUAAUAAAUUCAAAUAAUAACAAUUUUAUAUUUAAUGUUAAAACUUAUCGAAUGAGUCAUAAUUAGAUGAUUUUGAAAAGUUUGAAAAAUAACAGAGUAUAAUCUUAAUGGAUAAAAGCAAUAUAAAAAAAAUGCAUGUGUACUAUAUGACAAUAAAAAUAAAAUUAAUCAAUAAAAAUGUAAUUAUUUAACUAUGUAGUAGUAAAAGAGUGACAAAGAAAUACGAUGUGGCAACCAAUAACGGUUCACCACAUGUAACAUUCCUAGUUUCAGCCAGUCAUAUCAAAGACUGAUGCAACUGUUGUUCUAGGAUAUUCUUUGGCUAGUCAAAUGCUGCAGUUCGUCAGUACAGUUACAUCAGUUAGAAACGCAUAUGGAAUUUUCUGAUAGGCAGUGUUAUGCUUCAUAUCAGUCGCUUUCCGAUAGUCGGUGGCUUAAGAAGUUUGGAAAGAUAAAGUGGUGAAAUUUUAAGACAAGUGACAAUAGUAAAUUAAUUUAUAUUUUAUGGCUGAUUAUGAACGUAUUGAAAAGUGUUAUAAUCACGUUGCCUAAGGGCCUGUCAUCAAAGGCGCCUGGCAUUAUUUCAACAAGCGAAUUACCAAAGUCUGUGCCGAAAUUAAAUUUUACUACUUCUAUGUUAACUAAUAAAUCGAAUAUGGAUACAAAAAAAAUUACUAAACACGAAGAAAUUCAGGAUGAAAGUAUAUCAUUCAAAACAGAUGUUUGUGUUCGCGGAAAAAAACGACGGCUGGAUCAUUUGACAUGGGAAGAAAAACUUCAGAGGAAGAAAUUAAAAAAUAGAGUAGCAGCUCAAACAUCUCGGGAUCGUAAAAAGGCUAAACUUGAUGAAUUAGAAGAAACUGUUCGAAGGUUAAGAGAACAAAAUGAAUUAUUGACACAGGAAUGUUCAAUGUUAAGAUCGCAGAAUGAAGUGCUAAUUACAGAAACAAAAAGAUUGAGGAAAGAAAGAGAAAUCAAGAACACAGAAGAUUUUGUUUGUUCCAUGUGCCAGAGUCGUGUCAGCUGUGCUGUGUCCUCACUGGGAUCUACAGUAUCCUCCACUCACCCUCUGCAGCAGGGUGGAACAACACAGCUGGCAUCAACUCUGACACUAACUCCAGGAGCAACAAUUCUUCUGAAGAUUCUGACCAUCUACUUCCUCUUGAAGAAUUGUUUAGUGAACUCCAAGGAGAUGAUUAUAUCGAACGACUUGAAAAACUUGCAGAAAGCCUUUUGCGAGAAGUUACAGCAGAAGUGGAAGCAAAUCCUCAUAGAACAAAUGAACAAGCAACAGUCAAGGAAAAUACCACUGAGGAAUGUCACUAUUCAGAAAGAGUGGUGGGGCAGACAUCAAAAGAUGUGGAAACCAAUGGAACCUGUAGAAGCAUGAAUAUACAUCAAUCGUGGCAUCCUGUUUCUAGCACAGCCAGUACACCUUAUACCACAAGUACGAGCAUACCCAUGUCAAUAAAAUCAGAGAUUGAAAUAAAACAAGAAGUCGAUAUGACACAUGAUUUAGACACUAUUUAUGGUACUUAUGACGAAGCAACCAAUUCCGUAAUGAUCAUUUAUCCUGGAGAUGAAACCAAUGUAAGCGUUCAAGAAUGCGUUCAAGAAGUAGUUACAGAUAGUAUUUGCACAAACGAAGAUUCAACAUAUUUAACACCGAAUUAUUAUGUCAAUCACUUAUCUCCAUGUUACACGAACACGGAUUCUAUGUCACCUUCGAGUAUAUAUUCCGAAGAAAUGGAAACUAAUUGUACACAUUCCAAAUUGGAUUCUAAUGCAUCUGAUUGUGGAUACGAAUCGCACGGUUCUCCGAAUUCUGAUAUACGACACGAAAAAAAUAACGUUACUUUGACGGAUCUUUGGCACGAAAGUUUUUCUGAAUUAUUUCCCACACUAGCAUGACAGAUUUCUCAGAAGAAGAAAAUUUAAAAUAUGUCUGUGAUAUUCGUUACUUUUAUUUGCGAAGAAAUCAUUGUCCUGACUAAAAAAUUAUUUGUUCUUUUUAUACUAGUGUAUUAUAAGUAGCACAGAAAUUGAUAUAAAUCACUUUAUAAACUGAAAGCACAGAUAUAAAGUAUAAUUUUUAUACAUGUUUUUAUUUUGUACAUGUAUUUGUAAUAUUAAAUUUGAUUUAACACUCGCUAUUUAUAUCGUUGUAAAAAUUUUUUAAAUAAAAUAGUAAUUACUAAUGUAUAUAAUACUUGGUAAAUGUUUAUCAUAAAAAUAAUAGUGUGCUGUGCAACAGUAUGCCAAAUAAACAAUAAAUGAAUUUAAAAAA